GUGACCGAUGUUACUUGUAACAACUAUAAAGGUAGUUUAAUCGGCAAGCAUUUCAAAAGUUUGGCGCAAGUUAUGCCAUUCAUCAUUCACGACCUUGUUCCUCUGCCGGUCCUCAAUGCCUGGACAGUGAUUGGUGAACUCGUCGUGCUUGUCUGGCAUACGAAAAUUACAGAUACGGAAGCAUAUCUUGCAAUACUGUCUCAAACCAUCGAAGAUUUCUUGAAUGUCACGACACAAUGUGCACCGAGCAUCCUGAUAAGCAAACCAAAGUUUCAUUUCCUCAUCCAUCUUCCUGCGUACAUUCGGCGUUUCGGCCCUGCGAUUGUUUUUUCAACUGAG